AAAAUUUAAACCGUGCUUGCUCUUGAAAACCCAAACCCUAACCCUAACCCUAAGGGGUUGAGAGAAAGAGAGAAUGUCAAGAAGAAGAAGGAUCGACUACAAGUUACUUCUUUUACGAGAUGCUCAUUCUUGUAUUCGUCAUAAAGUGAACAUCAUUGCCAUUGUUCUUGAGUUUGGUCCUCCCAAGAAAUCUAAUGGCACUGAUUUCUGCUGUAUCCUAAGACUGAUUGAUGAAACACAUUACAAAAGUGGUAUCACUGUGAACGUUUUUACUGCAAAUGCAGACAGCCUUCCCUGUAUUUCUGCUGCUGGAGAUAUAAUUCAUCUUUGCGGUGUUACGUUAAACACACAUCUUGGGGAAGUAAAUGUUGUUUUCUACAAAAAUAGUUCUUUUGCACUAUAUAAAGGGAAAUCUGAUGAUGGUGAUUUUGUCCCUUAUCAAGCUUAUUCAAAGAUUUUCCUCAGAGAUGAGGACAAACUGCGCAUAGUCAGUCUUAGAAAAUGGUUGGUUGAUUUUCAUAUUCCUGAAGAUUCAAGUGGUUUUCCUAUGUUAAAAGAAAUCAAAGAGGGUCACUCCAAUUUGGCAUGCAAGAUACUUCAUUGUUGGGAGGUUGAACGAGAUCAAUGUGUUCUCUUUGUUUGGGAUGGUACGGAUACCCCACCAAAUGCCAUAUCUGCAAUUCUGGAAGAUGAAAUUAAAUCUCCACUUCCAUUACAGCUGGAACCUACGAUGCCAAGAGAUCUAGUAUGUUCUUUUCCUACUGUUGGGUCCAUCUUGAGGAUAUUUUUUGAACUACCCACUCGGAAAGAUCAUCUCCAUGCUCUUCAAGUUGGUACAUGGGUCAAGUUUGUCAAUAUCCGUCUCAGUGUGUGUACAGGACUAUGGUAUGGUGUUUUUAAUUCUUAUACAAAGCUUCGGUAUACAACAAAUGAGGACCGUCAUAUCAUAGAACGCCAAAGGUUGUACGAAGAAAGGAUAUCGCUGCAAUCAGGAAGAAUGCCUUUUGGCACCAUACCUCAGUCUAUUGACAGCUUAUCUGAGUCUUUAAGAAUUACAAAGGUUCAUGCUGAUCAUGUGCAGCAUUUUACUCUAAUGGAUGUUCUAACUCACUCAGAGGUGACAGCCAGAUUCAACUGUGUCGUUCGGGUGGUAGCAGCAAUGCCAUACCAAGCUGAAAAGCUGUGCUUUCCUGCUGGGGGGGUGUAUAGGAUGAAACUGACCCUAGAGGAUCCAACAGCUAGAAUCCAUGCUGCUGUAGUUGGUGCAGAUGGGGAGACCCUUUUUGAUGGUUAUCCGGGCAUUGAAAAUGUGAGAAGGAAGAUGAACAGAUUACUUGGAGUAACUGAACGUGGUGAUGGUAUUGUGCUAAAGGAUUAUCCAAGAAAUCCGCCAUGGGUGAGCGUUUGUAUUAUAUCAUUCUAUUCUGACAAAACUAAUUUAUGGCGGUAUAGAAAGUUUAGAGUAUGUGACACCAAAAUAGUGGGUGACCCUUGAUGAUGUACUGAUAUGAUGUAGAAAAACCUUUUUUGUAUGUCUCCUCCCUUUUGCAAGAGAGGACGUUUUGGGGUUGUAUAUAUAUUGAUGCACAAGCACUGGACUCAAGCUGCAUCUAUGUCUGUAGAGAGAGAUAGGAUGUGUAUGUAUUUGUACACAAACUCUUUUAUGCUUUUUGUCAGGGCUGUCUUGUUACUAUAUUUUGAAUGUACGUAUGUAAAUGAAAAAUCACAAAUUCAGUUUAAGAGUCCAAGGGGAAAGAAAUUGAGAGGGAUUUCAAUCAAA